UACAGUGACAGAUGUUUGUUAUUUUACCGAAUACGUGCCGCCAAAAUUAAAUUAUUUUUCUAUGUUUUGUAUAUAAACAAGGGAAGGAUUGUAUAAAAUGUCGAAACGAUUUAUUUUCCCUCAACAAAAUGGUGAUAGAAAAAGGGCUAAAUUGGAUGUCACUGUCUCAGAUCAUAAUUUUCCGCUGAGUCAAAAUGGUCCAAAUAAAGAGUCUGAUAAAGAUAACUGGGGAGAUGACAAUGAUGAUGAGAUCCUUUUGCUGGCCAGCCAAGCGUGCGAAGAUGCUUAUAACGACAUUAGUUCUCUCCCAGACUAUAGUAUGUGUAUGCAGCCUGGUUCAACAAGUACACAGAAUACACAGAUAUCUGAACCUGGACCCAGCACGUCGAAAGCAGGCUUUACGUUUAAGAAACCAAGCUCAAUUCCCUCCAGUGUAAUAUCUACUAACCUAAAAGACAAAUACAACCGUAUAUCAUCUCCACUACCAGGCAUGACUUCAAAAGUUCUACCAAAACAUCAAAGUGUGGACCUAAACUCGAUAUUCAAUACAUUUAAAUGUAGCACAGACAUUAAUAAUGACAAUGAAAAAAUAUACAAAAGCCAGGAUUCCGAAUAUGUGUACCGACAACUGCUUCAACUUCAAGAAGAGAAUGCUAAAUUGAAGUCAGAGAAUGGGAAGUUGUUGGAGAAAUGUGUGACAAAGGAAGGUGAGGCUUCAAUACUGAGAACUCAGUUGAAGUCAUGUCAGGUGGCCGUAGACAAUGCCAGGAUGGAGAAAAUAAAAGCUCAGGAGAAGGUUCAGAUGGAGUGGACGGAGAAACUGGCUGCAGCCAAUGGACAGAUGCAUGAGUUGAGGACCCAGUUAGACUUUAAGAAUUUGGAGAUAAUCAGUGUAAAGGAGAGGUGUCGCAUGCUGGAAUCCAACAAGGUGAAGCUGACGCAAGUCACUGUCACUGCCAAUGACGUGAACUCCAGUCAUAAACACAACACCAGUACAAGUGACUACGCUCCACCAAGAAGAGUGAAGGUGACAUCUAGUUGCAUACAAACUGAAGAUAAAGCACAUUUUCUGAAGCUCAACAAGACUUAUAGAUCGGAGCCCUCACAACUGACGGCUAUGCUGCCAAUAGUAUUGGAACCGACCACAGAGCAACAUUCUAUACUCGAAUAUAAUGAGAAGCUGCAGAAACAGACAGACCUCUCCCAGAACAAAUGCAGGAUCUACAGCACAUUCCACCGCAUACCCAGCACACCAGCGGAGAGACAGAGUCGCGGGACUAAGGUAGCCAUCAGCAGUCUACACGAAGACUUAACCAGCCUCGCCGCGGGGAGCGGGGACGAGAGGUGUUUUACACAUAUCCUAUGUCUAAUAAAGUCAGUGCUGCAAGAAGCCUGCAGCCAGUUGGAGCUGGUGGCGCAGAAAGUGACGACGUCUUUCCUCAAACAGAUGGAUGAGAAGUAUGUGGACGCCACCGCCACGCUGUCAGUCGUGGCCGAGCGGGAUCUGCUGCGUGGAAAACCUUUAUACAAAGAAGAGCAAGCUAUGCUUGCUCGACGUAUGACCGCAGUGUUGGCGGUUAUUAUACGAACCUGUACCGACGUACAGUCGUUCAAGAAAUACGAGGAUCAAUGUUUACAGUGCUUGGAAAUUAUACACAAGAUUUGUGGCUUAUUAGAUAGUACGUCAUGUGCCUUACUAUACAGCGGACUACUCUUAUCAAUAACAGGAGUAAUAGACAGUCUUAUACACCAAAAUGAGUACAAAAACACCAUAGACAUAUUACGAAGCAUCAUAUCAUCACGGCCCUUGCUUUUUGUAUCCUGUCAAGUAUUAAAAAUAUUAAGGAUAUUGUCCAAAGGAAAGGAUUUUUUGCCGAAACUGUGCCCUGGAGGGACUACUGGGAACCUACGACUGGACUAUGACCAAGGAGUUUUGUUGUAUAAAAGAGACUCGUGUUAUGUACAAAUCCUGUUAAAACAAGUGGAGGUAUCUCUCAAAUGUAUAGAGAGUCAGUGGCUGAUUGAACAAGCAGUGAAUACAACGCGGGACCUUAUCACUUUAUAUAGCAAUACUACUGAUGGUACUCUUAUAGGAGAUUACGAGAAAUUACCCGGAUGUGACUGUCAACUAAUAUUGCUACAAGUUAUAGUUUACGCGCUGAGAAUAUGCGCUGUUAUGUUGAAGGAUAUUGUUGCAAAAGUUUCAGAAGACACCCCCACAAGUACCAGGCUACUAGCAACAUGCAGGAGCGGCAUACUGAUCCUGUACCAGUGUGUCCUACGAGACGUGGAGUUCACGUCGCAGCUUGCCCACAACGAGGGCCACCUACUGCAGUUCUGCGAGACCAUGCGCGGCCUGCAGCACAGCGAGCUCUAUGCGAACAUGCUAUCAGAGCUCUCCGGUACCUUCCAAUCGUCGCCAGAAGACGCAGCUUCCUCGUUCAGCAGACAACCCUGGCUGAGCAGUUUUGGUGCCUUCUCAAUUGCUGACUGAAACCAAAUAUGGCAUUUUCUUAGCGCCGUCUUGAACUAGGCUGGGGCCCUUUUUGAAAGUAAAGAAAGCGAAUUGGAAAGUAAAAAAAAGAAAAACACUUAAUUUUUUAACAAGUACCUAUGAACCCAUUUAUAGGUAAUCAAAUACAGCAUAGGUUUUUUGGUUUUUGGAAAAGUCGCAGUCAUCGAUAAUGGCGUAGUAUAUGAUAUGCCUUGUAAAUCUAACCUUCUGAUAAGAUUCCUGAUUUGUGAAAAAAGUGUAAUGUGCCUAACAAAAAUGUUUUGAGAAUAAAUGUGUGAAAGAAAUUGUGGAUCCUUCGGGGCCCCCGAGAAUGGGGGCCCUGAGCACGGGCCCCGUGUGCCCUUAUGAUGAAGACGGUAUUAAUCCUAAUUGGGGUAGUAAGAGGUACAUCCAUCGCAAGGUGAACUAAGUAACCACGAUUCACUGAGCUUUCUGUUAGACCAACGUGAUAGUUAGCCGUAUCGCCGUCUAUAAUGGUCGGGCCAACUGUGUUAGUGAAAACUGCACUUAAGAUAAAUUAAUAACAGAUUGGUACAAGUCCGGUACCGAGGUGAACCACAGCGCGACUAUUUGUCUUCUAUGGUGGCCAUGCAACUAUUUCUUGGCAUUAUCAAAAUAGACUGUUAUGUGUAGAUUCUGGUUUACCUAUAUAGAAGGACAUCCCUAAAAGAGACUUCAUCGCCAAAUUGAACUGCUCAUAUGACAACCUUACCAUAUUGUCAUGAACUCUCAUGAGACAUAAUUAUUUAUGUACUUUAGACCUAAAAAUGUCACCAAGACAUUGCUAUGCAUUUAGCAAAAAAUAUUUAUCAUUGUAAAUAAUGUAAAAACUUUGAUUUUAACAGAGUUUUUGUACAAAGUUAUUAAUUAAAAUACCAUUUCAAUUAACAUGACUAUUUUUAUUUUAGAAAACAGAGAAGAUAAAUACAAAAUCGCUUAUAUCAAUUCUAACGAAAUAAGAUAGUGUUUUGUACAUAAUCAAUCAUAUAAUAAUCAUUUUAGAAGUUGUAUUGAUACUAAAGUUAAUACAAUACUUACAAAUGGAAUGUUAGAAACAGAAACAUGACUAUCUCAUAAAUGCUUAAAUCACUUUGAUGUAACCAUGGUAUAAGAACACCAGCCGGGCCUGCAUGACAACCGGCGCGACAAUACCAAUAGCCGUUUGACGUCCAUCUACGUAGAUAGCAUUCAUAUCGUUUAUUGGUCGAAGCGCUCAAUAUAAUUCGCCCGCGCGCAGCGCGAUUGCCAUGCAGACUCGGCAGGUAUGCUCAAAACUGACAGUUAACAUUUCAAGGUUAGCCCAGCUGACGUCAUCCCACCCUGCGUUGCCAUUUCAUCAUUGAUCAUUGUUUUUAUAUUUACUUUGCUAGGAAAUUUUGAACUUUUAGUAAAAGAGUUACUUGCAUUUUAAUGACUUUUAUUUAAGUGACAAGUAAUA